GCCGGCAGCGGGACCCGGCUGCGCGGGUGGAAUUCGGUGCUGGGCGGUGGGACCUCGGCGGCGCCGCCGCCUUCCCGGCGAUCGGCCGGACAGGACCGGGAAGGGGCCUGCCCCCCAGCCCGGCCUUCGUCGGGUAUCCUUCGCGGGCGCCGCGCUGGGACUCGCUCCCGGUGCCGGGUCGUGGGUCGCCGGCCGUGCCCGUGCGAGGCCGGCGUGGCUGGGGAGGAGCUGCCGGGGGAGGGUCGGGACGCGGCCCCGAGCCGCUGUUUGCCGGGGCUGCGGUGCCCGCGGUGUCGCCCGUGGCACCUCCGGGAGCUGUCGGUGCCCGAAGGAGCUGGCGCUGUCCCGUGCCCUCUGCUGCGAACCGGCCUGAGGAGGCUUUGGGUUUAGCCCUGCAUUCGGUCCAGGGCGGAGAGGCUCUCCGAGGCGUUAAAUGGCGUGUGGGCGCCUCUUGGCCUGAGCGCCCGGGUCAACGCUCUGCUGCUGCGCCUGCUUCUUCUGCAGAAUGUGUGAGGACCUGGGGGUGAGGUGAAGGCAGAUCCUCUGACUGCUGCUAAUGCUUACCCAAAUACUCACAGUUUACACUUAUUCUGUGAGCUGGUCCUAAUUACAGGAGUAGUUUAUAUUCACAUGAAGAGGUUUCUAAACCCAAAGCUUGUGUUCUGCAGCUUCUUCCUUGAAUGUUUUAAAAUCUCUGUCACAAAAGUACAGUUUUGUUAUCAGUUUAUUUUCAUGCUGAUCUUUAUCUAGGCACUGUUGAAGCAUAUGUAUGUAUAUACAGCACAUCCUUAAGCAGAAGAUUGAUGUUGGGGCUGCCAGAAUGUUACCCAGCUGGACACGGGAUUUAGGGUGCUAAAACUUGCCAAAAUGGUCGUUCAAGGCCCGUGAGCAGGAGAGGAAAUAACCAGGUGGAAGCAGUGUGCAUAGUGUACUCCAGCCCUGGGAAGUGUCCAAGGGCAGCAGGAAGGAUGACAUCCUGCCCAGCAGAAGGGAGUAAGUCAUAAAAAGAUCUACAGAAGGACAACUUCUAAGUAUCUACAGCUUUGAAAAGCGUAAGCAGCCAGACGUACUUGCAGACCCAGCGGAUUUAUCCCAGCCAAAGUGGAUCAUGACAGAAAAAUGUUAAAUUCCAUGGAGCUGACAUUGACUCUGCAAUGGACUGGUAUCCUACCGUUACGUCUUUGCAGAUCUGGAAGAGACGCUCUCAGCUCACACUGAGAGAUAUCAUUUCCGAACAUCGUAAGGUAUCUCGCUUUCAGAACUGAUCAGGACAGUGUAGUGCCUCCUUUAAUUACAGUCUGAGAGUUGGUUUCAGGUGUGGAACAGUACAACAAAAAGAAAUGGAAAAGCUGCAAGUCAUUUAAUGACAAAAUAAGGUCUCAAUUUUCAUGAUUUAUCUGAUAUGCUUCUCCUGGAGCCAUGGAUGAAUACAACCGCUUUGUGGAUUGGGACAAAAUGGAUGUUACUGUCCAGAGCCAGGAUGCGAAGGAGCUAACCUGCACGGAGUUCCAGGAGCUCAAGCAGCUGGCCCGCCAGGGCUACUGGGCCAAGAACCACUCUCUGAGAGCCAAAGUGUACCAAAAACUAAUUAGCAAUAUCCCGUGCCGCACAGUGACCCCAGACGCAAAUGUGUACCGGGACAUUGUUGUGAAGAUCAUUGGAAAACGUAACAGUAGCUCCCUUCCACUACCAGAGUUUGUGGACAACAGCCUGGUCCCCACGUACUGCUUGAAUGCCGAAGGCAUCGGGGCGGUCAGGAAGAUUAUAUUGUGCAUUGCGAAUCAGUUCCCAGACAUAUCGUUUUGCCCGGCGCUGCCUUCUGUGAUAGCUUUGCUCCUCCACUACAGCAAAGAUGAGGCAGAGUGUUUUGAACAGGUUUGUCGCAUCCUUGCUUGCAAUGACCCUUCCAAGCGGCUCAUUGAUCAGACAUUCUUAGCUUUCGAGUCCUCCUGCAUGACUUUUGGUGAUCUGGUUAACAAAUACUGUCAGGCAGCACAUAAGCUGAUGGUGGCAGUGUCCGAGGAUGUGUUGGAGGUGUACUCCGACUGGCAACGGUGGCUCUUUGGGGAACUGCCUAUGGUGUACAUUGCUCGGGUCUUUGAUGUGUUUCUGGUGGAGGGCUACAAAGUUCUCUAUCGUGUUGCGCUGGCACUUCUGAAAUUUUUUCACAAAGUCAGAGCUGGGCAGCCCAUGGAGUCAGACAGCAUACAACAGGACAUUCGAGCUUUUGUAAGAGACAUUCCCAAGUCAGUGUCUCCGGAGAGGCUUCUGGAAAAAGCCUUUGCUAUCCGCCUCUUCUCGCGGAAGGAGAUCCAGCUUCUGCAGAUGGCCAACGAGAAGGCUUUGCAGCAGAAGGGCAUCACGGUCAAACAGAAAAGUGUUGCAUCUCCCAAAAGGCAGAAUGUGCACUUAGCAGUUCAUGCUGAGAACUUCAAGUCUGAAAUUGUCAGUGUGAAAGAGAUGCGAGAUAUCUGGUCGUGGAUCCCAGAGCGAUUUGCACUUUGCCAGCCUCUCUUACUUUUCACCACCUUGGAACAUGGCUGUAGUCUGAGCAGGUUCUAUUCUCACAGCGAGGGACACGAACCAACUCUUCUCCUCAUCAAGACCACAGCAAAAGAGGUCUGUGGUGCCUACCUGUCAACUGACUGGAGUGAGCGCAGGCGAGGAGGAAACAAGCUGAGUUUCUUUGGAACUGGGGAGUGCUUUGUAUUUAGGCUGCAGCCAGAAGUGGAACGCUAUGAGUGGGUGAUCAUCAAACACCCAGAAUUGGCCACAGCUGGUUCAGAGCCAGAAAAUCAUGCCUCACCAGCUUCCAGCACCCUCACUUCCAGCAGUGGCCCAUCCGAGCCCUCGGAUCGCCUUUCUCCCUUCUUAUCGGCUCGGCACUUCAACUUGCCUUCCAAAACAGCCUCCAUGUUCAUGGCUGGCAGCAGCGAAUGCAUCAUUGUAGGAGGUGGUGAUGGCCAGGCUCUUUACCUCGAUGCAGAUCUCAACCACGGAAGAACAAGCCACUGCAAUACUUUCAAUAAUCAGCCGUUGUGCUCUGAAAACUUCCAGAUCUCUGUCUUGGAGGUGUGGGGCUUCAGGGACACCAUGAAUGGUUGACGUGACUAUCAUUAAUCAGCUAGUUUUUCAAUUGUCCUAGGAUUACCAAGGCAAAUUCUAAUCCAGGAGCCAAGUUAGAACAUCAUUUCUGUUGGGCUCAGUGGUUUUUAGUAAUUACGAAGUGGUGCACUUAAAUGAGGGCUUAGUUGUUUACUCUUAGUUUAUUUAAGACAGGUCAAGGUGAAGUAAUGUAUCUGAUUAACUCCUUAGCUCUUUACCUCUAGAGAUCUGGAUUCAGGUCCUGUUAUUAGGUAAAAAUGAAAAUGUAGUGAUUUCAAACGAUCCUCAAUGGAUACAAGUCCAUAUCACAGGAUAGGUUUGCAGUUUGAUGCAAUUCCUCGGAGGCAGAGAGCUGGCUGAGGUGUACUGUAGUGCUGUGUGCCACAGGCACCAGGAUCUGACUUGAGCCAGUAAUAUCAAAUGUCAACUCACAGGGAACAUCAAUGACCUCAGAUUUGAUGUAGAACAGUAGUUCAUAAAAUCAUUGCCCUACUAUAAGCAGACAUUGUGCAGACAAAUCAGUACCAUUUUGGAAGUUAUGAAAGCCCUCAAUUCACACAAGAACCACGAUUGCUAGUUCUCCUUCUCCUUGUUACCUGCUUAUCCUUUUCCUUGUACCUGAACCCUUGACACAUUCCAGCUCCAUCUGUUUGAGGAGGCAUCCAGACUGGACAAUGAUAUCUCAAAGGCUUGAUUUUGUUUACAUUCCUGUUCCAUAUCAGUAUAAAGACUUCAGACUGACUCAUGUUUCAGGCAGCUGAAAGCCAGAGCAUAUAUAUGCAGUGCUCAGAAACUUCUCUUUCUUCAUCUUUCCUGGAAGCUGAAACGGAGCUUUAAAUCUGAGAAUAACUGUGCUAAUAUCCCUGCAUGUUUGGGGAAUUAGACAUUGUGAUACAGAAGCUUAACAUUCCCCUCACAAGAAAGCAAAGGGAGGUGGGAGGGAAAUCUUCUGUGUAGUAUUAUUCUGGGAGUGGACAAGUUUCCCAGGAGAACUCUAGGUGACACUGUUUCUCCAUAUCACGAGUCUUCCCAGUGAUGAGAUGCUGAAAAAGGUAAUGCUUUUUUGCCAACAGUGUUCUGGUAGGGUUUGGGUGAUGCAGAGAGGCUUUUGCUCAUUCCUGAGAAUUCUCUGCAACAUGCUGUGAGGCAUGUGAUGUCUGGAGGCAAUUGCCCAGUGUCUCUAUCUAAAACUUGCAGUAUCUGCUGUAGAACUUCUCCCACACAAAGCACAAGUACAUAAACUUCGAUGGAUAGUCCAGUGCUUGCAACAGGAUACUCUCAAAGCUGCAGUGGGUAAUUCACUACUAAGAUUUACUAUAACAGGUAAAAUGAAGGAAAAGAGGAACUGCUGGUUUUUUUCAGCAGUUCAAUCUAAAAAAUUGCUUUAGAGUGGGGGAAAUGUUAUUACUACUUGAAGUUCAUUAAGAGAAAAAAUUAUUUUUAGUGAUAAAAUCUCAGCUAGUCUGGGCAGGGUCAUGUUAACAUUCAGAGGUCAUGAGUGAGUCUUGUUGGUAGUGUUGGCUUGUUCAGCUUGUCAUCCAUGAAAAUACCAUGUGUCUUGGUAAAGUGUUGCCUCUUGCAAAGUAUAUGAACAAACUUGGCAAAAAGGUGAUCUGCUUCUUAAGGUGCCAUUUUGAAUUUUUGUCAAAAUAACUCUGAAAUAUUAGGCUGUGUAUACGACAGUUUAAGAUGUCUUUUGCACCGUUUAUAUUUGCAAUUACAUUAUUUCACCCUGUUUGAGAGUCAGCACUGGCCUCCCUUUCUUCCACUCAGUGAGUUCUGUCCAGCUGUCUUUUCAUAGGUUUACCAUAAGCUGGAUUGAACUGGAAGGGGAGAUACAAUUCAGUUAUACUGACGUAUUUUGAUGAGAAAGAACUUAAACAGUUGUAUCUGGCUUUUUACAAAUACUGGCUGAUGCUGCCUUCUAUUAUUUUUGCAAAGCUAGCUGUAUCACUUUGCACUUGCUAGUAUCCCAAGACCUUCCUCGGACAAAAGAAAUCACUCAGAAAAUGUAUCCUAUUUAGUAGGUUCUCUUCAGUUCAGGUGGGAUUUCAAUUUUGUUCAUAUCUCCUCUCUUUGGAGCUUGUCUGAGGUGCCCUUGGAAAAAAAAGCUGAAAACCAAAAACACAAUAGCAUUAAUUUUCAGCUUGUUAAGUUGUCAGAAAUUCCCUCCAGCUGUGUGUUGGCAGGAUUUGUGAGACUUUAGUAUUACACUCAAAAUGAAUAGGUUUUAUCUGCAAAAUCUUUCCUGCAGCUGGCAGUGGUGAUCCCUGCCGAAUGCAGCCAUGUCAGUGAAACCUGAGUGCUACUCCAUCUCUUGAGCCAUAUCUAAGAAACACUGUUCCUUUCCCUGCUCUGUUCUUAGUGCAUGGGGAUUUGGGUGUUUGACAUCAGAAAUAACUCCUAGUUGCUCAGGAAAUCAUCAUAGGAUAUUAGGAUCCAAGGAGCAGGACAGAAGAUUGAUGAGGUUUAGGCAUCUGAGUCUUGAGUGUUUCUCCAAAGUUAAUCGCAGGGCUCUGCUCAGCUUCCCUUGUGCCAGGUGAGUACAACUUCUGACCCCCCUGGCAGCGAAGGUCCACAGAAGACCCCUUUUUGGUGGCUUAUCUCAAUGGCCGACCAGUCUUUCGAAGAAAGACGUUCUCUGGGUGGCUGGCAAUGCCUGACAGCUCCCUGGCUGUGCGCUUGCACCUGCUGUGAGCAUGCUUGGGGCACAUGCUGCGCCCAGAGCAGUUCGGGCGAUGCCCUGUAUGAGUGUGCAAAUUACAGCAGGGGGUAAAAGGGUUAACAGGAGAUCCUCCUCCCACUGUUGUGUUUGUAUCAGAUGUGUGGCAGGGAUGCCUUUGAUUAGAUACAGCACCACCCCGCCCAGGCAUCCUGCAGGACUCUCUGCUUGUUAACUUGAAUAGCCCGAGUAAGCAAGAGGCUGCAAUAAUCUAGCAGGAGGAAUUGUACAAUGCUGCGUCAUCUUUACACAAUCCUUUUGUUCAGUAAAAAUGAAUGUUCCUUUUCAUGUGCAAAUCCUCAUGUGUAAUUCUCGUUAUGGUUGUGAGACACCUUAGAGGAAUAGCAUUGUGACUUGGUUUUCUUUCCAGUAGUGAAGAGGUGUUAUUUUUUCUGUGUAGUUGAUGGUUGUUGCUGACCAAGUGUAUAUUAAAGUUCAGGUAAUUAAGCCAACAGUUUGUGUUACAUGCAAAACUCUUAAGGUGGAGACCACAGGCUGGUUUUUAAGACAAUGACUACAAUGGGCACCUUAUCAGAAAGUUAAAAUUAUCUGGAGUACCCAGCUGUGAGGUGCUUUGGUCACGUUGUAACUGAGCAACUGUUGCUGUAGUGCGUAGUCCUUGUCUGUAGUCCUGCUGGCAGUGCUGACAGCAAGGGUGCCCGUGUGGCUUGGUUAGCUGUUUGGUGGGGAGCCGAAGGCUGGGCAUCACCUACCACAGUUCUUCAAAAGCGUUCUUGCUUUCCCACGAAGCUGGUUUUGCUUUGUAAUAUUCUCUUGAAGACAGAAAAGGCUAGAAACGCCUGACAUCAGAAACUUGAAUUUAUUGUAAAUGGCCUCUGAGCUGUUUCCAGGCCACGGGAACUGUUUCCAGCUCUUGGCCAGGCUGGACAGACUUCAUCACUGCACCCCAAAGCUGUCAUUCCUGCAGAUCACGCACUUUGACACGCUCCCUUUUCUGAUGAAGUACAUUAAGCGGCCUCUUUUUAAUAGAGGCCAAUUAACAAAGGGACAGGAAACGCUCCCAUCCUGUUCUUUAAAGAGUUAAACUUCAUGCCAAUAGAGAUCUGUGCUUAGCCGUAGAGGGGUGGCACUGGCAGGUCUGUAUCCGCUAUUUGUGCGUGUGCAUUGAAAUUGUGUGCUUUGUCCUUGGAAAUCCGUCCUCAUUUUUGACAGGGAGUGAGCUCCUCUGCCUGCACAGCCGCCGCAGUGACGCGGGUGCCCCAGCCAGCGGGGACCGAGAGCUCGCCUGCAGCCACAGCUGGAAGAGCUCAGCUCCUCCAACUGACACCCCAAGCCCUGUUGUUGGACAGACCAGAGGCUUGGGCACCCGGCUGUUAAUGUUGAGAUGCCUUUCUGCCAGCUCUCUGUCAGGAAUUCCACACUAUUCAUAGUUGAGAUGAAUGUGCAUAUUAUUUGGGGUGAUGAUUUUCUUCAGAUGAGUGCUGGCGUGCUGCUGAAUUGGUUUUCUACCCUAUCAUUGGAAUCGCUGCCCUACGCUGAUGGUAUUUUUGUCGCUGUGCAGAGUCUUGGAUUGUAUUAAAAGGUGUUUGACUGUG